CUCGUUUACAAAUCCUCUUUUUUUUCUUCCCUCUGAUACCUGCAUAUGCCGCGCCAGCUGUGUCGCGAAGACUAUACAGUAGGAUGGGUGUGCGCCCUGCCCAUUGAACUGGCGGCUGCGCAGGAGAUGCUCGACGAAGAGCACCCCGACCUUAAGCCUGAUGUGUCUGAUAAUGACGAGAACCUGUAUGCGUUGGGCUCGAUUGGUGGCCACAAUGUUGUCAUUGCAUGUCUGCCCGCCGGUCAGAUUGGCACUAACCUAGCGGCUGCGGUGGCAAUGCAGAUGCGAGCGACGUUCAAGAAGAUCCGGUUUGGGCUGAUGGUGGGCAUUGGCGGCGGCGUCCCGAGUGCAGAAGAUGUCCGGCUAGGGGAUGUAGUGGCUAGCCAGCCUCAUCGGACGUUUGCUGGAGUGGUGCAAUACGGCAUGGGCAAAAAGACACCAAGCGGCUUUGAGCGUACAGGGUCGCUAAACGCGCCGCCAAAGAUACUGUUAGCGGCUAUUGCGCAAGUACAGUCGAACGAGCUGCGGGGCAAAAGUAAGCUGUCUGAGUAUGUUGCUAAACUAGAGAGAAUCGCUCGGUUUCAGCGCAGCAAGGCCGGGCCCGACGUGCUAUUCGAAGCAGCGUACGAUCAUGAAGCAGACGACUAUAGAGCAGGGCAGACGUGCGACGGGUGCGACCUUAGUAGACAAAUCACUCGACAUACUCGCGAGAGUACGAACGAAAUCGUGGUACACUAUGGGACUAUCGCGUCUGGCAACCAGGUGAUGCGGAGCGCUAUAGAGAGAGACAAGGUUAGCAAGGAGCUUGGUGGGGUGCUAUGCUUUGAGAUGGAGGCGGCAGGGCUGAUGAAUAGCUUCCCGUGUCUAGUCGUCCGCGGUAUCUGCGACUACGCGGACUCGCACAAGAAUAAGCGGUGGCAGCCGUAUGCAGCGGCGACGGCAGCGGCAUACGCUAAGGAAGUGCUGUUGGUAAUACCGCCGGCAGAGGUGGCUGAGUUACACACAGCGGGAGAGGCUACACAAUUCAUACACAGUCAGUAGCAUUUUGUUCUUGAUCUAUUUGAUACGUAGCUGACUAGUGCUAAUAUCUAUGCGCUUAAAGAACACAACUCUGAACGCUCUCCUAGUCCUAUUGCCAAAGGUAGGAAGGUCGAGGGGGCAGAAGACUUGGAGACUGACACCGUAGAGUGA